CGGGAAACAAUGACUUAAAUGCUAUCUUAUUUAUGUACAAAGUGCAGGUUUGAUAUGGCACUCUUAGUAUGCUGUUAUUAACCCUUUUUCUCAUAUUCGAGAGUGAUCCUCUUGCCUCAAUCAAUCAUUACAAUCAAUCACUGUAUCAUCGGAGGGAUAUUUUGAACUAAUACAUCAUUUAUCAGAACUGCAAUUAUAAAGUGACAUCACAGCUGUGAUCAAACAUUGACAUCAAUGCUGCAAUCAAACAUUGACAUCAAAGCUGCAUUCUUAUAUUGACAUCACAGCUGAAGUAAUACAUUUGGAUCAUAACAGCAGAUAUAGUGACCUCUCUGCUGCAAUAUAAUCCAGUCAUAACAUAGCUGCAACCAUGCAUCUUAUGAGUAGAGUAGUCAAUAGAUGGAGGUUGAUGCAGUCUGCGAAGAGAAUCAUUCAGCCACGAACAAUUUCAUCGACAUGUAAUCUCAAUGAGGAAAGCACCAUUAGUGGACAUGUGAAAGAUACAGCGGAAACAGUGAUCAUUGGAGGAGGUGUGGUGGGCACCAGUAUAGCAUACCAUCUCGCUAAGGCUGGCAUGAAAGAUGUUGUCCUCUUAGAAAAGACUGAACUGACUGCAGGUUCUACUUGGCAUGCUGCUGGCCUGACAACAUAUUACCAUCCAGGUAUAAAUGUGAAGAACAUACACUACUACAGUCUUAAGCUGUAUGAACAACUAGAGGCUGAAACAGGACAGGAAGUUGGGCUGCACAAAUGUGGUAGUCUGCGUCUUGCUACAACACCCGAAAGAGUGGAUGAGUUCAAGUACCAGAUGGCCCGCCAAGGUUGGAACAAGGCAGACCAAUGGUUGAUAUCAACUGAGGAGAUCAUGGAAAAGUUCCCUCUCAUUAAAGCUGAUGAUAUCUUGAUGGGACUUUGGAACCCUGGAGAUGGUCACAUAGACCCAUAUUCCCUCACCCAAGCUCUAGCAAUAGGUGCCAGGAAGUAUGGUGCUAGCCUUUGCCAGAGCUCCCCAGUUCAUGCAAUGGCUCAAUGUGAGGAUGGCAGCUGGACUGUAGACACAAAUGAGGGACAGAUAAAAGCAAAAAGAGUCAUCAAUGCUGGAGGUUUCUGGGCCCGAGAGAUUGGUCAAAUGGUUGGAAUAGAUCUUCCUUUGGUUCCCAUCCACCACCAAUACCUUGUUACAUCUACAAUACCUGAGGUAGCUGCCCUCAAACAAGAACUACCAGUUAUCCGGGACCUAGAGGGCUCAUACUACCUGAGGCAAGAGAGAACUGGCCUGCUAGCAGGACCUUAUGAACACCAAGAUAAGAUGGCCUUAUGUGAUGACUGGUAUGAUCAUGGUCCUCCUAAAGACUUUGGCAAAGAAUUGUUUCAGCCUGACCUGGACAGAAUAAGCUGGAACACUGAGAAAGCCAUGGAGAGAGUACCUGUGCUUGCUACUGGCAAUAUUCAGUCUGUAGUCAGUGGUCCAAUCACAUAUACACCUGAUAUUCUACCAAUGAUUGGACCCUACCAAGGUCUCAGAAAUUACUGGUGUGCCGUAGGGUUUGGCUAUGGUAUAGUACAUGCAGGUGGUGUUGGACAGUACCUGACUGAGUGGAUCAUGAAUGGAGAGCCCAUGUAUGACCUCAUUGAAUGUGACCCUAACAGAUACAGCAAAUGGACUGACAGGACAUAUUGUUUAGCUAAAUGUAGGGAGUCCUAUGGUAUGAAUAAUGCUGUGGGCUACCCCAAGGAGGAGAGGUUUGCUGGAAGACCAACUUACAGAACAAGUGGCAUUUAUGACCUACUCAAAACAAGAGGUGCUGACAUGGGAUUUCAUGCAGGUUGGGAGCAGCCCCAUUGGUUUGCCCUGGAAGGGGAUGAUGCCGGUUAUAAACCAAGCUUUAGAAGGAGUAACUGGUUCAAACCUGUUGGCAGGGAGGUGGACCUUGUCAUGAAUAAAGCUGGACUCAUUGAUCUCUCUCCCUUUGGCAAGAUUAAAGUGACAGGAAAAGAUGCAGCUGCUUACAUUGAUCAUAUAUGUGCUAAUAAUUUACCAAAAAUAGGAAUGACUAACAUAAGUCACAUGUUGACCCCCAAGGGUAGAGUGUACUCAGAAUUGACAGUGACAAGACUUGGAGAGAAUGACUUCAUGUGUAUUACAGGCUCAGGGUCAGAAUUACACGAUCUCAGGUGGAUGGAGAAGAAACUACACGAGGGAGAUUUUGAUGUCACUCUUAACAACAAAACUGAUGAUUUGGCUUGUCUUGGUAUUGCUGGGCCAAAGUCCAGAGACAUCAUAUCUAAAGUUACUUCUACAGACAUGUCUGGCAAGGCAUUCAAGUUUCUACACAUCAGAGAUCUGGAAAUAGCAGGGGUGAAGGUUAAGGCCAUCAGGAUAUCUUACACAGGAGAGCUUGGCUGGGAGAUGUAUUGUGACAAAAAUGACAUGAAACAACUCUAUACCUCACUACUAGAAGCAGGUGAAGAGUUUGGUGUUGGCGACUUCGGAGGUUAUGCCCUCAACAGUCUUAGACUGGACAAAGGCUUCAGAGCUUGGGGUUCAGAGAUGACAACUGAUCAAAAUCCUCUAGAAGCAGGUUUGGAAAUGUUUGUCAAGAUGGAUAAGGCAGCAGACUUCAUUGGCAAGGCAGCCCUGCAUGAGAUAGCAGCCAAGCCUGCCACCAGGAAGCUGGUUAACCUCAUAGUGGAUACUAAAGACGUUGACCCUGAAGGAAAUGAGAGUAUAUGGCAUGGGGAUAAGGUUGUUGGCAUGACAACAUCAGGUUGCUAUAGUUACUGUAUCAACAAAAGCAUAGCAUAUGGCUAUGUUCCAGUAGAACUGUCUCAGGUUGGAAAUACACUUGAAGUAGACUUAUUAGGAGAGAAAUGCACAGCCACAGUAGAAUCAGGCCCUCCAAUGUUGGUAGAGAUUGCCAGAAACAGACAGAAAAAGAAACAGUGAAACUGCAUUUCUCAUGAGAAAAUCUUUAUACAUUCACUUUUGUAAAUAUUUCAAUGUAUGUCUUCAUUGUCUUGAAACUGUCAAACACAAGAGGCAAAUAAUGUGGACUUGGUGUAAGAGCUAAUACCAAAACAACUGGCACAUUCCUCGAAGCUCUCAUAUCCUGAACAAGUGGACUGAAGCAGCUUGUGAGAGCUAUUGUCCAGUGUUACUAAGUCCCUGCAACCGCCAGUUACAUGGUUGUGUCAACACAAUGAGACAGCUCUUUGUAAAUAAAUGAUCAAAUAAA